UGAGCUGAAGUGGUGUCUACUCACCCAACGCGAUCGGACCAGUAUAUAUCACACCUCUGUUUUUUCAUAAAUCAAACUCCAACUUUUUUCGAUCACAAUUCUCUCUUUACUGGGGAGCCUGUGCUGUUAGGAUUCUCAUUUUCUGUUUGUGCACUUGGUAAGGCUGUUAUUAUAGGCAGAGGUUGAAAUUGCAGGAAUUACAAAUGACGAUCACUAUUCCAGAGCCCCUUCUUGGAGAUGGUAAAACCCUUAUUGAUGAGAAUCCUGAUGAGGAAAUUCCAAUGGAACUGAUUUUCGAUGGCGGCUUUGUGACACCGGAAAGCAAUGCAUUUGGCCAUGCUUUCAGAGAUUAUCAAAAGGAUAGCGAAAGACGGGCAAUUGUGGAAGAGUUUUACAGGACUCAACACAUUAACCAGACUUAUGAUUUUGUUUUACGCAAGCGUGAAGAAUAUGGUAAGCUCGAGAGAGCUGUGGUGAGCAUUUGGGAAUGCUGUGAGCUGCUGAAUGAGUUUGUAGAUGAGUCUGAUCCUGACCUUGACGAGCCCCAAAUUGAGCAUCUCCUCCAAACAGCAGAAGCCAUUCGCAAAGAUUAUCCCAAUGAAGAUUGGCUUCAUUUGACUGGACUCAUUCAUGAUUUGGGCAAGGUGCUACUUCAUCCUAAUUUUGGAGCUGAACCUCAAUGGGCUGUUGUAGGUGACUCUUUCCCUGUUGGAUGUGCUUUCGAUGAAUCCAUAGUUCAUCACCAGUAUUUUAAAGGUAACCCAGACUACUACAACACCAAAUACAACACAAAGUAUGGAGUUUAUUCUGAGAAAUGUGGACUUGAAAAGGUUAUUAUGUCAUGGGGCCACGAUGAAUACAUGCACAUGGUUGCAGAAAUGAACAAUACAACGUUACCCCCUGUUGCACUCUUUAUCAUCAGAUUUCACUCUUUCUACGCUCUGCAUCGUGCUGGUGCUUACACCCAUUUCAUGGAGGAGGAGGAUUACGAAAUGCUGGAGUGGCUUAAAAUAUUCAACAAAUACGAUUUAUACAGUAAGAGUAAAGUAAGAGUUGAUGUGGAAGCUGUGAAACCCUACUAUCAGUCCCUCAUCAAGAAGUACUUUCCUGCUAAAUUGAGAUGGUGAAUGAGAAAACCCAAGUUUAAGAUUAGGUUUUAGUUGAAAGGUUUGCUGCCAUGGCAGGUCAUUUGUAAGGAUCGUUGAUCAGGCACAGUUUAUUUUCUACAGUAAGAGUGAAGUAUGAGUUGAUGUUAGAAUCCUUUUGCUGAUUAUUUAUUGGAUGAUCUAGUAAGGAAUGGUUUGGUGUCUUUUGAAAGUAGAAGCCAAGAUGUAUGACAGAUAAACUAUUUAUUGAAAUUGGGAUGCGUAUGAGAGGGAAUUUAUAA